UCCAGAUGAAAAGCGCGGCAGAUUUGUGUGUGGUGCAUGACUUGCAAAAGCCGCAGCAAAAAUCCAGCUAGAAAUCGGUGGUUUUUCGACGAAGUAUAGCGAGUUUUUAAAUCUAAGAAGCCCGCCCUAUGGAUAGAUUUUAGGGCUCUUCAGUAAGAGCUAGGGCAGGAUGGAUGCGCUUGAGGAGAGUGUCUUGGCGAGCGUCUGGCGCCAGGGUGGAUUCGCGUUCUGCCAGCUGAUGAGGAAAUGCCGUAGCGAUCCUUCCAUGGCCGAGGAGGCGCACGAUCUGGCGUGGGAGCAGCUCCAUUUGGGGGAUUGGCACCAGGUCGAUUGUGCUUGGCGGGACGGGUAUGCGUUGGCUUGCGUGUACUGGGCGGAGGAGCUGCGCAGAAAGGGCGAUCACGCUGAGGCCACCAGAGUUUUGGAUAUGGGAUUGAUGAUGGGAGGCUUGGCUUUUCGCCCCCGGCUCAAUGCAGCGAUCUCUUCGCUUUCGCAAGCUUCGGAACCACCCUCUGCUGUUCGUGGAGACGAUCAGCUCACAGUCCAGGCUGAAAGCUUGCCACCGGGAUCGUUGCAAGGACCACCAAUGCGAACUAUGGCAUUUCCAUCGAUCCAAAAGUUUCUGCAAGAGCUCUUUGCACCGGGUGUUCCUGCGAUCUUGACAGACACAAUGGCGCAUUGGCCUGCGAUGAAGAAAUGGAAAGACUUGAGCUACUUUCACAAGAUCGCUGGAAACCGGACAGUUCCAGUAGAGGUAGGCGAGACAUACUUGGCGGAAGGCUGGAAGCAAGAGCUCAUGACUAUGUCUCGCUUCCUAGAUCGAAUCUACGAUCCUGGAGACUCUACUUCGAGAGCAUAUCUCGCUCAGCAUCCGCUGUUCGAUCAGAUUCCCGAGCUACAGCGCGACAUAGUGACUCCAGAUUACUGUGCUUGUGGCGAUGGAGAGCUUCACUCGAUCAAUGCCUGGUUUGGUCCCAGCGGUACCGUCACACCUUUACACCACGACCCUCACCACAACUUGCUCGCCCAAGUCGUCGGUACCAAGUACGUGAGGCUUUACUCUCCAGAGCUCUCGGACUCUUUGCACCCCUUCAGCGAUCCAAUGCUGCAAAACUCUAGCCAGCUCGAUCUUGACAAACCAGACUAUGAGCGCUUUCCUCUGGCGGAGAAGCUAGCUUUUGUCGACUGUGUUCUUGGAGAAGGCCAGAUGCUUUACAUUCCACCGAAGUGGUGGCAUUACGUCAAGUCCCUCAGCCCAAGCUUCUCCGUAAGCUUUUGGUGGCGAUCUUCCUAAUGAAAGAACGUGUGCUCGAUACGAAGUUUGAGCAUGGAAAGAGUGGUG